CAGGCUUCAAGUCUCAAACACAGGAAGCAAAAGCUUAGUCACCAUGAAAAACAUUGAUUCUUCAACGUCCACAGUCGAAGAACGCAAGAAGGAAAGCGAGGAGGAGGUGGAUGUUUUGUUUGUGACUGAAAAGGAUUUGAAGGAUGGAAAUAUCGAUAUGGAUGCUAAGGUGACUGGCUUUGAUGCUUUAGUGGCGGUUUGCCAUAUUGCUUAUAAGAAACUCAAGCAAAAGAAGAGGGAGGAGAAACAGAAAGUGGAUGCAAUAUUGGGGGAUGGAAAGAUAGACGGGCCGGUGAGGGAGAAAGCUCUUCAAAAGCCUAUGUCCGACCAGGUUCAUGAUGGCUCUACUACUAGGAAGAGAACUUCUGAGGAGAGGCCUUCUUGUUCUACGGAGAGGUAUAAAAGGAAUGGUUUUAGACAAGGAAUUAUGACUGGGGUUCGUGAUGGAGGAUCGAACCAAGACUUGUUUUUGAGAAAGGAUACCGUUUUCAAACGAUCCUACGCUCACAGCAAGUUAAAUAAGAGAUUGAAGGAGGAGAUGCCAAACUGUGGUGUUGGCUCACUGGCAGAGUUGCCUCAAGAAGUCAAAGAAAGAAUUGCUUCUAUGAAAGGCAAAGAUGUGGAGUUAGUGGUGGACAAACUGUUGUAUGCAACUGACGUGAACGCUGGCAACAGUCGUCUGUCGAUCCCUCUUAGACAAGUUAUAGCUAAGAAUUUCUUGACAGAUGAAGAGAAGAGGGCUCUUAUAGAUGAUAAUUGUCUGAAAGUAAAGAUUCUUGAACCCUCUUUGGAAAUGGUUAGUGACAUGAAUCUCAAGCAAUGGAACAUGUUUAAGAAGAAGGGCAGUGUUAGUUCAUCAUAUGUGUUCAUAACACAUUGGAAUUCUCUAAGGAGAAGAAGUAAUUUGCAUAGGCAAGACAGAAUUCAGGUUUGGUCUUUCCGAGUAGAAAACGACCUCUACUUUGCUCUUGUUAAGGUCGGUGAAAGAUAAGAACAACGAAAUUGUUCUAACAGAAGCAAUAUCGGUUCAUCAACUGGUAGCCAUGCUGGUGUGGUUGAAUAUGCGAGUC